AUGUUUAGGAACCCUGAGCCUAAUGACAGAACGACUGAGCAGUUUCGCAAGCUAUUUAUCGGCGGUUUAAAUCCUCAAACUACAGAAUCGAAGUUGAGAGAAUACUAUGGAGAAUGGGGGGAAAUUGUUGAUGCCGUCGUCAUGAAAGAUAAACGCUCUAGUCGAUCUAAGGGCUUUGGCUUUAUUACAUACAAAGAGCCUGAGAUGGUGGAUGCUGCCCAGUUAAAUCGGCCUCAUGCUAUUGACGGAAAGACUGUCGAAUCGAAAAGGGCUAUGCCCCGUGAGGACUCGCAAAACCAGGAGGCUCAUAUGACCGUGUCUAAGCUGUUCGUUGGUGGGCUUAAAAAAGAGGUCACUAAUGAGGACCUCAAUGACUACUUCGUCAAGUACGGCACCAUAAAAGAAUGCGAAGUUGUCAAGCUCAAAGAAUCCGGUGAGAGUCGAGGAUUUGGAUUUGUUACCUUCGACGACUAUGAUGCUGUCGAUAAGGCGAUAUUGUACAAGCCUCAUUUCAUAGGAGCUAGCAGGGCUGACGUGAAGAAGGCUCUUAGCAAAGAGCAGAUGAAUCAAAUGAGAAGAAAACAGGAGGCCAGAUAUGAUGGCUACAGUGGUGGAUACAACAAUGAUUACAAUGGAAAUUACAACAAUGGCUAUAAUGGAACGGCAUACCCUCAAAUGGGUGCCGGGUACGCUGCCUACGGCAAUAGUUGGGGCACUGGGUAUAAUUCGAUGAGUGGUGGUGGCUGGAGUGGACAGAUGGGCGGAGGGAGUACAGGUACUGAUCAAUGGGGUGCGAUGGGGGAUGGUUUCGGCAAUUAUGGAAGUCAACAAACCUACGCCGGUGGUCCAAUGCGACCCAACAAUCAGGGCUAUCAGAGAAAUGGUCCCUAUGGAGGCACAGGCUCUUCUAAGUCUCUUGAGACAUGUCGUCAUCAUAGCGAAGGGGAUGCAGAUGAAGCUUAA